CUGAGCACAGAACACCAACUGAACCAGGAUCACAAACAUCAAUCACCAAUAAACUUUUGUCACCCGAUUUAGGAAUCUGCAGAAACACAAGGACAGGAAAGAAACAAAGUUAAAGACUAAGCUGUGCAUAAAGUUUCUGGAAACAAGUCAGUCACUUAUCCAUCUCUUCUUUUGAAUGUGAAGGAGACGUGCAGAAGAACGGAUCACACAGACCACAAGAGUGAACAAGACUAGUGUAGAAAUAGGAAUCAGGGGACCAUCGAAGUGUAACCAAGGCAAACAAGAAACAGCAAAAGGUGGUGUAUUCAAGCCAUUGACAGUCUGCUUCACAAUGUGGUUCCUUGCUGUAAUGUGGAUCUCCAGCCUUCUGGUAGGAACUCAGGCUCAAAGCACCGCCAGCUUCUCAAGAGGGAAUGAUCGCAACAGGCGCUGUCAGUACACCUUCACGGUGGACAGCCCUACAGAGGCCAGCUGCCCCUCAACAGCAUCCAGUGCUGAAAUGGAAGACCUGAAGUCUCGCCUGGGGCUGGUAGAGGCGCUGAUAUCCCGCCUAUCUGGAGGUGAAGCACCGGGUACUGAAGCUCAGUUGGGACUCCGGACCGCCUACACACAGGUGGCUGGAGAGAGAGACAGGUUGCAGCAGGAGAAAGCCAUGCUGACUCAACAGGUGGGGCAGCUCCAGCAGACGGUGGAGGACCUCCAGCGUGAGGUGGAGAGGCUGAGAAGCAGACCAUGCCCACAGCAGUCUUCACAAAGUGUACCACUGUAUGAUAGUAACCUCCAACAAGGAACAGGAACAUCCCAUUCUCAUCUGGUUUCCAGACCAGGGAGGACAGAAGGAGGUUCAAGCAGCCUCAGAGAUCCCUCUUGGUCCUACAGUAGUCCAGCAUACCAGGAGUUGAAGGCUGAAGUGGCUGAAUUUCCUGCCCCAAGAUCAGAGGAAACUGAAGACAGUAGCGGCUGUGGUGAGCUGCUGUGGGUGGGACAGCCAGUGACCCACCGUAAGGCAGACAGCAUCGCCGGUAGGUAUGGUGUGUGGAUGCAAGACCCAGAAGCUGUGAGCCCUUAUGGCUCCAACAUGGUGUGGCGAAUUGACACAGUCGGCACAGAGGUGCGCCAACUCUAUGGCUACGAAGACAUGGAUCAGCUCUCUCGUGGCUUUCCAGCCAAAGUCCUGCUCUUGCCUGAGGCAGUGGAGAGCACAGGUGCAGCUAUGUACCACGGCUCACUCUACUACCAGCGUCGUCGUAGCCGUACACUCAUUCGCUACGAUUUGGGGUCGGACAGUAUUGCUGCCCGCCGAGAUCUGCCGCAUGCCGGCUUCCAUGGCCAGUUCCCCUACUCGUGGGGUGGCUAUACAGACAUUGACUUUGCUGUGGACGAGAGAGGCCUCUGGGUCAUUUACAGCACCAACAAGGCUAAAGGUGCCAUUGUGGUCUCCCAGCUGGAUCCUCACAGUCUGGAGGUGAAGAAGAGCUGGGAGACCAACAUUCGCAAAACCACAGUGGCCAAUGCCUUCAUGAUCUGUGGCAGGCUGUACACAGUGGCCAGCUAUGCCUCACCCAACACCACAGUCAACUACAGCUUUGACACAGCCACCAGUCAAAGCAAAUCUAUUGCAGUCCCAUUCCAAAAUCAGCACCGUUACAACAGCAUGGUUGACUACAAUGCUGCUCAGAAGAAGCUUUUUGCCUGGGAUAACUACCACAUGGUGUCUUAUGACAUCCGACUGGGGAAGCAACAGUGAAGGGAGUAUGUUGAAAUGGUAGCUGUAGAGGAAGAGGUUAGGGGAGGAAAUUGCAAAAAAGUAUACUGGCUUUGCAGCUUUCAUGUACUUACAAUUUGAAAUGAUCACAGAUGUAAGCAAAAGCUGUAGCAGUCAUCAAAACAUAUCAGAAAUCUGUACACAAGCUGGUUUUGUAUUGAGCCUAAUUAGUGUUCUUAAACCAUAGAUUAUAAGAAAUCACAGGCACAUGUCAAUACUUAAUUAAUAACCAGUUAUAUGAGCAGAUUUAGAUCUGGCUUGUUAGCUUCUUUUCUGCAUCCAAGUCAUGAUUUUAUUUUUGUACAUGCCUUGGAAAAAAUAUUCCAUAACUAAAAAUAUACUUUUUUUUGGUCCCAUUUUGAAAAAAUUCAAAUCUUAUUUUAAUGAAUAAUUUUGUCUUCUACCUUGUAGUGGCAUGGCCCACUUUGUGUUAAUAGAGAAAUUAUUUUUCUACACUUUUGUUUGUAUACAGCACUGUAAUUGUCAGAGAGGAAAACAUGUUUAACAUUCAUUCUUGUACAUAAACUUAAAGCAGUGUCUUUUAGCUAGUCCAGUCAAUACAACAUAGGACUGAUUUUGGCUAUUCAUAAUACUUAUGUACAAACUCAUGAAUAAAGGUUAUUGUAUAAUUAA